UUACCAUAUGAAAACAAUGUUUUAUUUUUAUUGGAAGAUUGACCCCAUUGAGGCCUACUGCCUUCUUAAUCAUUAAUUGAUCUUGCAAUUAGCACAAAAUUAAAGAAUGUCAUAGUUUGUUAACCAUAAAUCUGUUACAUUUUAACAUUUUUAACUUGCUCGGCUCAUUUCAAACCACUUAGCUAAAUUGAUUUAGACAAUAACAUGUUAUUAAAUGGCUAAAUUUGAUUAAAAAUGUUCAUAACUUACAUUCAUCUCAAUAUAACCUUUUCCUAGUUCUUCCCCUUUGCUCAUAUGUUUCAUCCCCUUAUCGUGAGAAGCCUAUGCUGUUUACUCUAUCCAUUGUCAGUUGAGAGCAUUUUUCGUUUCAGACAUUCAGCUUGGAAUUUUCAUGUAAUUUUACUUUUCUUGUUCCUUUACAAAGUUGAUAACAAUUUCAAUUAAUACUCUGUAUUUUGUAUGAAAAUUUAAAUGUGAAACCCUUUUCCUUCUCAAAAUGAAAGCUCAAUACGAAAAGUAAGUCAAGCUCUUUGACCCAGUAACUGUUUUUUCAUUGUUUUUUAUAUUUCUGUGAACAAAUAAAAUGAAUUCAUGCAAAGUUAACUGCCCAUUUAGUGGUUGGUGCUACAAGUAAUCACAUUAAAUCCAUCUAAUCUUCAAAGGAAUCUGUAAAUUUAGCUCAGUCUUGAUAUUUGUAUAAAAUGACGUUUUUUAAAGCAAAUCCUUCGAAGCCAAUGGAUUCCAAGUGUGAACUAUGAUCAAAUUAAAUCAUGAAUUUUCUAUCGAUUAAUGCAAGUGAAAGGAAAAGCCGAUUCAUAUAAAAAUGAGGUCAAACCCAGUCUCUUUUUCAUCGAGCAACAAGCAUAAAUUUGAUGAUUUGUAAAGAUGAAAAUCGAUUUUUGCUUAUUGAGAGUAAAUUUGUUACUAAUAAUGUUAUCCUGUUGAGCCGGUUAUACCAACCAUUUGUCGUUAAUUGCUGAUGGUUGCUGUUACAUUUGUUAAAUUGUUUAUCCUUAUUCCAUUAAUUCUGUAAACAAUAUUAAGUAUUAUAUACAAAUUUCCACAAUGCAUUCAAAUGAAAAGCCAUACAAAGUAUGGAGUUGUGAUCGAGAAUUACGUAAAGCUGUGAUUGCAAGCUCCUUGGAGGAAUUAAAGUCCAUUGGAGCUUCUAAAUUAGGUUACUCAUAUGAUGAUCCCAAUCAACUGAAGAUUGUCCUUGAAUCAGAUGGAACUGAAAUUGAGGAUAAUCAAUAUUUUAAAUUGGCUGAUCAAGAAACUAUUUUUCUGCUUCUCCGUCAAAAUGAAAAAUGGAUUCCAGCAGGAGUUGAGGCUCUUAAAUCAGCCAUUUCUGCCUUCCCGGGAAAUGUAACUGUGGUUCUUCAAUUAGAUAAUCGUGAUCCAGGCAUCUUACUUAAAAAAGGUGAACCUCCAUGGAAAUUGGAAGUAGUUUCUGUAUCUGAUUCAAGGGCGAAUAAAUUCGAUAAUCAAGCUCAAACCCCAGGUCAACAACAAACUACUACUAGCCAUGGACCAUUAUCAUCUCUUGUUUUAUCAUCAUCACCGUCUACUGGAACCGAAACAGGUAUAUCAAUUAUACCUCGCUCAACUCUAAUGGUUCAACCUGUUCAAAAUGGUUUUAACUCAUCAUCAUUAUCAUCAUCAUCUCGUCGUGCCAAUUUGACACUUGAUGGCCUUAAGUUACGAUCAACAGCAAAUGGUCAAACAACUACUCAUCGGGUGAAAACAACGACAAAUACAACACUGCCAAGCAAAAAAUUGAUUCCAGGAUUAGAGGAUGAAGUUGAAGAGGGUGAAGAGGAUGAAGAUGAUGAGGAUGAUAUUAAUGUUGGUGAGGGUCUUGGAAAGGAGAAUGAGGAAGACGUUUCCGAAGAAAGUGAUCAAGGUGAUGUGACUAUUGUCCAGGGUGAAGUAAGUCCAAAUCAUGAUCACUCUCAAUGUGAUUUUCAUUGUGCCGCUUUACAUCGAGGUGGAGGGGAAAUAAGGGUUAGUCGUUCAGUGGCAACAUCACCGAUUACUGAAAGUCCUACUCCAAGUGGCUUAUUACUAUCUCCAGUCUCAAUUAAUGUUCCAAUCAUUUCUGGAUCUCAUUCAAUUUCAUCUAAUAAACCUCGACAGGCUCUUAAAGGUCAUGUUCGCUUUAUGGACACAGAGCACACUAAUGGAGUGGUUGACCACAAAGAAGCAAAUAAAUUACAAACCAACACUGCCACAACUUUGAAUUCAUCUGUUAACAAUAUAUUUCAAGGAAAUACAACUUCCCAAGUAAAUGGAAAUGGAUCUGAUUCCGAGACUGAAACAACCGAACGAGAUGAUGAACAAUUUUCAGAACGUUACCUAUUAUUGGUUGAUCAAUUAUCUCUUAAUCAAGAUCGUCACCUCAAUUUAAAAGACAUUGGUAUCAUCUUGGAACGCCUUAGCUCUAAAAUAAUUGAUGUUGACAAAUUGGAGAGGGAAAAAGAGGGUUCUGAUUGUUACAAUUGGAUAAUCAAGGCAACAAUAAGAGGUGAAGUACUUCGAGAGAUCGGUGUAAUUUACAAUGGACAAUACUAUGGAAUCAUGGAGCAUCCUGGCUAUUUUUAGUAACAUGGAUCAGACAAAAAUAAGACAGAAAAAGCUAUCAAUUUAAUUUCACUUUUCUCAAUUUCAAAAUUACACAUAGCAAAAGCAUAGAAGAGACAGAAGCUCAUUUUUGUAAAACCCACACAGAAAACACACUCUAAAGAUGAUUAUUUAGAUUUAGUGGUUAUUAAUGUUUGAAAUUUAAAUGCGAAGACAUUUUAUUGAAUGUUUUCAUUGGUUAUAAUUAAUAAAUAAUUUCAUUGUUUAUCAAGAAUCACAUGUUGAAGGUGCACAGAAAUAAAAUUUAUCGAGAUAUUUGAAA